AUGAAGAUAUUGCAAGACUUAGUCAAAGAAAAAGUGGAUUGGUAUUUGGAUGAAUUAGUGGGAGAACUCGAAUUAUGGACAGGAAAAUUAGUUUCUAUUUCAACUCUAUGGCAUUCUUUAGUUUAUUGUGGAAUUAGUAGGAAAAAGUUACAUCGAGCAGCUCAUGAGCAAAAUGAACUCCUCAGAAAUACAUUUAUUGCAAAAGUUGGACAUGAUUAUAGACCUGAGCAACUUAUUUUUAUGGAUGAAGCUUCAAAAGAUGAACGUAGUUUGUCUCGUGAGUAUGGGUAUUCUUUUAAAAAUACCUUGGCAAUAAAGAAAAACGUGUUUGUACGUGAUGUAUGA